CAGAUUCCCUGCCUGUGCAGCGGUGCCUCCUGCUUGCUGUGCCGAUGUUGUCCCAACAGCAAGAACUCGACGGUGACGCGUCUCAUCUAUGCCUUCCUCCUCCUCCUCAGCACCGUUCUUGCCUGCAUCAUGCUGGCACCAGGGAUGGAGGAGCAGCUGAAAAAGAUCCCCGGGUUCUGUGAGGAGGGCCCGCACAGGUGGGUCCCGCACGCCGGUGGGUUCCCCAGCUGCGAGGUGUUCGUGGGCUACCGGGCCGUGUACCGGGUCAGCUUUGCCAUGGCUGUGUUCUUCUUCCUGCUCUCCCUGCUCAUGCUGGAGGUGAAGACAAGCAAGGACCCGAGAGCUGCAGUGCACAACGGGUUCUGGUUCUUCAAAAUUGCUGCCAUUGUGGCUAUCAUGGUUGGAGCAUUUUACAUUCCUGAAGGGCCUUUCACAUCAGCUUGGUUUGUUAUUGGUGUUUGUGGAGCUUUUGUCUUCAUUCUUAUCCAGUUGGUGCUUCUUGUGGACUUUGCUCACUCCUGGAAUGAGAGCUGGGUUGAGAGAAUGGAGGAAGGAAAUACUAAAUGUUGGUAUGCAGCUCUGCUGUCAUGUACAAGCUUCUUCUAUGCCUUGUCCCUGGUUUUUGUUGUGCUCUUCUAUGUUUUCUACACGAAGCCUGAUGCCUGCACUGAGAACAAGUUCUUCAUAACCAUUAAUAUGCUCCUGUGCAUUGUUGUCUCCAUCGUUUCUAUCCUUCCAAAAGUCCAGGAGCAUCAGCCUCACUCUGGCCUCCUCCAGUCCUCUGUGAUCACCCUCUACACCAUGUACCUCACCUGGUCAGCCAUGUCCAAUGAGCCUGAACGAAGCUGUAACCCAAGUUUGCUGAACAUCAUUACCCAGAUAGCUACACCCACAGCUGUUCCAGAAAAUACCACAGUCCUACCAGCUACUCCAGCUCCACCCAAGUCCCUACAGUGGUGGGAUGCCCAGAGUGUUGUUGGAUUGGUGAUCUUUGUCCUGUGCCUCUUGUAUUCCAGCAUUCGCUCCUCCAGCAACAGCCAAGUGAACAAGCUGAUGCUGUCUACAAGUGACAGUGCCAUUCUGGAGGAGACUGUGGGAACAGGCAGUGGGACUGGAGAGGAAGGAGAAGUGCGCCGUGUCCUGGACAAUGAGAAGGAUGGUGUGCAGUACAACUACACCUUCUUUCACUUCAUGCUCUUUCUUGCCUCUCUUUACAUCAUGAUGACGCUCACCAACUGGUACAGCCCUGAUGCAGAUUUUAAAACUAUGACAAGUAAGUGGCCAGCCGUGUGGGUGAAGAUAACCUCCAGCUGGGUUUGUCUCCUUCUCUAUCUUUGGACCUUAGUGGCUCCUGUUGUCCUUACUAACAGGGACUUCAGUUAAACUGCUGCACCUGUCUGAGCUUGCAAAAGUGGGGAACUUUUUUGCUGGAAGCCAAAAUGUUCAAAACUGACUAAUGUUAGUUAUUCUGUCCAUGUUGCUGUUUCUUAUGUGAAUAUUAAGAUGCAGGUGGAUAGAAAGUCAUGUAUUGCAUAGUGCUUGAUGC